UCAGAAUUACAGAAAUGUAACAAUUGUUUCCAGAUGACAUCAUUUGGUGCUACACAUAUUAUACAAGACAAUUUCGUGCCCACUUUUAAGAUACAAGGACAAUUUUAUCACUUACUGGGAACUCUGUUACCACUACCUGAUGCAGAUCAUCAAUUUUUACAAAUUUAUUUUAUGGGCAAUUCAGAUGCGGAAAUUAAUAAACGUUGUGCUCACAAUCCAACAGUGAAGAGAAUCAUUGUCCAACAAUUACAAAUGUUUCUUCAUCAGAAUAACAAUUUAGUAAACAUGAUCAAAAUAGCAUUGGAUCGGAUGCCAUUUGAUAGCCAUAAUACUGGAAGACUGGCUGUGAAAAGACUGAUAAAUAACGUCUUUGAGGCGACAAUUAUAGAAGGAAAAUACAAAGGAGAGGAUGCCUUGAUCCCGCGGAUACCGAUGAUUCCAACGGACAUACCAUUCGAUUUUAAACGCUUAAAAUUUCCAGUACGUCUGGAUUUUGCGAUGACCAUAAAUAAAUCGCAAGGACAAUCGUUAGAAGUUUGUGGAAUCAACUUGGAGUUUCCCUGCUUCGCGCAUGGACAAUUAGACGUCGCGUGUUCGCGCGUGGGAAAACCGGUACUCUUUAAUUUUUGGGAUUGA